AUGACUCAACUCAUUCUCAACGACGAGCUGGCGCGGAAGCUGCAGGACAAGGUGGUGGUGCUGACGGGCGGAUCGACUGGCAUUGGGCGUGCGGCUGUGGAGAUGUUUGUCGGCUACGGCGCGAAAGUGGUCUUUGGCGACGUGAAUGACUCUGUUGCCGAGGCCUUGGCGGCAGAGAUGGGCCCGUCGGUGCGCUACCGGCACUGCGAUGCGAGCAACUACGCGGACCAGCUUGCUCUCUUUGACGAGGCUGAGCGGGCUUUCGGCCGGGUGGACGUCGUGUGCGCGAAUGCCGGGGUGGUCGUGCACAAGGACAUUUUUGCACCGGACGCGGAUUGGCGAGUGGAGCCGAGCAUGAUUGAGGUGGAUGUCAAUACGAAGGGAUGUUUGUUCAGCGCGCGGAUAGGAAUGGGCAUCCUGCGGAAGUACGGGGGAGGGGACAUCGUGUUGACGAGCAGCAUUGCUGGCUGGAAGGAGUGCUCGCAUCUCGUGACCUACACGGCGAGCAAGCAUGCCGUCAUCGGCAUUGUUAGAGGGCUCUAUCAGCAGGCGUGGACCGAGGGGAUUUCGGUCAACGUGAUUUGUCCCUGGAUGACGAAAACGCGAAUGGUAACCGGAAUUGAGAUGGGCUGGGCGAAGCUGGGGUUGCCAGAGAACACGGCUGCAGAUGUCGCGCGGGCGAUGGUCAUUUGCGCAACCUCGAACCAAGGGGGUGGAGCUGGAGCUGAUGCGCCAUCGCACGACAAUGCGGCCUUGCCGUUUAUCGGCAAGAUCGUAUGGGUGGCUGGCGGUCAGUGUUACGAAAUCGAAGAUCGUAUUCAGGCGUUGGAGCCACAGUGGCUCGGCGAGGAGAAUGCGCGAGUGCUGGCUAAGGGGCAGGCCUUUUUGGCUGAUUCGACCACGAGCUGGGAUGCUGAGAAACUCGAAGCAGCCGAGCCGAAGACCAGUGGAGCUCAGGUUGAGACUAAGGAGGUGUUCCCAGCAGCGGCGGUGAAGAUGGAUGGCCCAUAA